UCUUCUUAUUCACUUUAUAUAAAUCAAUUAUGAGGUUGUUUAAAUCAUUAUGUGUUGCUGCACUUGCCUUCAUGCCUGUGUUUGCCUCCGCAGAUUCUCAAUCGGAAAAAAUUGCUGAUCCAAAUCAAGGACAACUCAUUAAUUUUGAAGUUGAUUAUAGUAUAACUGAGUAUCCAAAUCUUUCCAAAACUGGAGUUUUACAAGUGACAAACGGUGACACCAUCAAUUUGAUAUACACCGUGGUCAACCAUGAAGACCAUGUUGUCUCUGUGGUUGGACAUGGUGGGUUUAUGAAUGGUGCUGUUGACCCAACCAUCCAGGUAAAUUUAACUGCAGAGGCUGUAGGUCCAUAUCAAUUAGAAAAAGGAGAAACGAUAAAUUUCGUUCAAAAAAUUCCAAUUGAUUUUGAUGCCACUAGUUAUCAAUUAUCUCCUGAAAUUUAUCUUGUUAUGAAUCAAGAAAUUAAAAGAUUGCCAGUGAGACAACAACUUACCCUUGUUGAAGAUGUCACAAUUUCAAAUCGUGAUCCUCAAUUAAUCUUUUUGGUAACAAUUCUUGUUGGAAUUGCAUCAAUUGUCAUUUAUGGUGUCUACAGUUAUUUCGUGAAAGCUUACUUACAUGGAACGGCUCCAGUCUAUACCAAACCUGUAAUUACCAAGAAGAAGUCUAAACAUACAAAACCUGAAUUCGAUUCAUCUUGGGUUCCUGAAGCUCAUUUGAAAAAGACUUCAAGAACAAGAAAGGCACAUUAAUAUUUCU